CCUCUCUGUGCCACUCUCGCCCAGGCAGUUGAGUUGUGUGGCUAGCAGCAGGCUAGUGUGCGGCCUGGAGCUCAGCUGCCCCUGCAGUGUGACAUGACAGUCCCCAUCCCCGUGCACAGGAGGCUGCCGUGCUAGCGGCACACAACUGCCUGCUUGGCAGCCCCCACCCGUCCCCAAGCUGCAGAUAGCCACAGCCGUGUCAAUGGGCAACCUUCUCAACGGGGUCAGCUUCAAGGAACCCACCACAGUGGAGGAGUGUGACUCCACAUGGGAGACUGACUCUGGAGGAGAAGACGAGCAGGAGGGCGAAGAGGAGGAGGUCGACAGAGGGGAGAAAGAGGAAGAAGCCAAGGGAGAGCAGAAGACUGAGGAUGGUGGCAGCGAGGAUUGUGCAGCUGAGGAGAUCCUACAAGGAGGUCUGUCUGGGGAAGCGGAGGAGAAGACAGAAGGGGCACGUAGCCCACCGACCGAGCAGAAUAACAGCAACGUAGUUGAGCAAAACAUCAAACCAAAGAGAAGUUUUUAUGCAGCACGAGAUCUGUACAAGUAUCGACACCAGUACCCUCAGAAUUUAAAAGAUCUUCGCUGUCAAAAUGAUUUGUGCAAUCUCAGAUUUUACAUGAACAAGAUCCCUUUUAAGCCUGAUGGCGUUUACAUUGAAGAAAUAUUAAAUAAAUGGAAAGGCGACUAUGACAAACUGGAACAUAAUCACACCUAUAUACAGUGGCUUUUCCCUCUGAGAGAGCAAGGAUUAAAUUUUUACGCUAAAGAACUGACCUCGUAUGAAAUUGAGGAAUUCAAAAAGACCAAGGAAGCCAGUAAAAGAUUUGUUUUGGCAUACAAGAUGAUGCUGGAUUUCUUUGGUCUAAAAUUAAUGGACAAAAAUGGAAAUGUUUCACGUGCGUCAGUCUGGCAGGAUAGGUUUCAGCAUUUAAAUGAAUCUCAGCACAAUUAUUUAAGAAUAACUCGUAUUUUGAAAAGUCUUGGGGAGCUUGGCUAUGAAAACUUUAAAUUUCCACUUGUAAAAAUCUUUCUUCAAGAGUCCAUUGUGGAAAACACAAUACCAAACAUGAAACAAAGCACACUGGAAUAUUUUGUGUACACAAUCAAAGACAGGAAGGAGAGAAGGAGACUUUUACGUUUUGCAUGUCACCAUUACCAGCCUCCCGAGCACUUUAUUUGGGGUCCACCAAAAAAACAACAGGUUGAAGAAAACAAAGCCACGAAAAAGACAAUACCUCCAACAAGAUCACUAAAAAAACAUUCCUUAAAAUCCAAGGAUGCUAAGAGCAUGUGUACACCUGAUAGUCCAGAGUGCAUGUCUUCUAAAAAAACAGAAGGACUGACUAAGCAACCAACACCCGAAGUGAAUACAAUCAAAGAAAUAUUGAUACAAAGUGAAGACACAACUAAAUGUGAUAAUGACUUAAAAGUUUAUCUUGAUACAAAUGAAACAACUUCCUUGGAUUCAACAAAACAUUUAGAAGGACAGGAACCUGAAAAUCUGCAGAAGAUGUGUGAUGUACACAAUGUUGUAAUAGUUGAGGCUCUUGAUGAGGGUACCAAAGAUUGCCUAUGCAGUCUAUCACCUGCAACAAUUAAUACUGCGGAGCUGGCUGCCUCUCCAAAACAGGAUCUGGAACCCGACCUUGAAACAAAAGAUGGGAUCUAGUAGAAAUCCCAGAUGUAACAUUAUUAUUCUAUAUAAAAUCAAAUUACACCACUAAGUAUUUUAUUUCACGGUUACAUUGUAACUGAACAAUGUGCAGAUAUUCCAUAAACGUCUGGAAUUGGUGAAUCAAGGAUCACAUGUUAAAAACUGUAUCUUUUUUAAUAUAUUGGCCCGCUGCAUACGAACUACGUAAAUGGAAAUAAUUCCUACCAGUUAAAAGCCUGACCCAUGGCUGU